ACACAGCAACAGAAAUGUCCAGGUUCCAGUACUCAGCAGUGGUCGUCGACCUCAACUCUACGUCCAUACAGGCGUCGCUUUCCUCCAAAGACACACCUGAUGUGUCCAUCGCUCCGGUGUACUCCUCUGGCGGGAAUUCUAGCGGCACAGCCAAACAGAACUACGUUUUUGAUCCGAUCUUACCUCAAGCUGAUGGCGACGAACUUUACACGUUGUUUUCCGAAGGUAUAUUCUACAACAGCAACGCAACAGCGCCCUUGUUGAACUACGUCUACGAGUCGUUGAAUCUCUCUUCUGACUCUUUCAAGGAAUUACCACUUGCAAUUGCACAGAACGCGUGGUUUGACAAGAAGCAGCUUGCCACAUUCUCGGAGAUUGUUUUUGAAGAGUUAGAGGUACCCAUUUUCUCUAUGCUUGAGAGACAGCUCUGUACCGCGUACGCCAUGUCGAAACCAAACAACUGUAUCAUUGUCGAUUUUGAAAAUGACUAUCUUUCUGUGACACCGAUCUCCAACGGUAAGGUUAUCAGAAAGGGUAUCUGCAAGUCUCCCUUUGCUGGUAACUACCUCAAUCUGUUCAUAAACGAUUACUUCCAGAAACGCGGUGUCCAAGAAUCUGACUUGCUGCCAGUCGACUACUCUAAGUUGUCCAACAUCGACAAAAUGUCCUCUAGUUUUAGAAAUUUCGCUGUUUCCCAAACCUUGGAUGACUUCAAAAAAUCCAUUCUUGACAUAUCCCCUAGCUCCAUCGAUGGAAAAAUCUUCAAGACGCCAAACAAUGCCAAAUCCGUUACCGUGGAAAGACUCGAGCAAAUCAACUCGUUCAUCCAACCAAUUUUCAAGCCAUUUGACUCCUACAUAAAUACUUUUGGUACGUCUGCCUCGAUCCCAUCCUCCAUAACACCAGAAUCGGAAGGUCUCGGUCAGUUGAUCUUCAAGUCGUUAAAGAACAUUGGCGGCCCAAAUCAAAUCUACUCUGACCUUUUGAACAAUCUGAUAAUCCAGGGUGACAUGUCCUUCAUUCCAGGCUUGGAAGAAGCAGUUCUUGGUGACUUGAGGUUAUAUAUCAAGGACUACCAGAUCAGCAGCUACCUCAACCAGGACAACAUGGACAGAGGCUUAGAAACCUGGAUCGGUGCCAACAUCUUGAGCAAAUUCGAAGAUCUCUAUUUCUCUAGACAAAGCUAUCUCGAAAACGGAAGCGAAGCUAUGUCCUCCCGUUUUGUCUAGGCUACUAUCUUCCUCUAUUGUACUUUUUAGUCUAUCACCUUCUUCUUCUGU